AUGUCAGAUUUGAAGGAAUAUAGAAUACAUAUAGGAAAUAUAUCACCUAAACUUAAGGAAAAUAGUAAUUUGUUGCAACAACGAAUAGGCAAAUUUGACGUUAAAGUGAUAUCACAAUUGGAAUUCCAUACCAAACCGGUUGAGACCAAGUACUUUGCUUAUACCACCAUACAUGCAAGUCCGUCGAAUUUCAGCAAAUUGAAAAAUUCCCUUCAUGGCGUUGAAUUCAUGGGAAUGAAAUUGAAUAUUGGACUAGCUAAACCAUCGUAUCAGGAACGGCUCAACAAGUUACUGAAGACUAAGGUAAAACAAUUGGAAAAAGAAGAGACCAAGCAAAGUAAAAUAUCCGAGUCAAGACUGGAUAGGUUACUUGAAUUGCGUACAAGCUACUCAACUAAUCCAACCACAUCAUCUAUUGUAACAGCACCCAAGCCCACUAUCUAUUCUGUUUCUCAACAUACGUUCAACGAUGCAUCCGCCAAUACCAAAAAUGCACCGCCAACUCAUAGACUAGAUGGGUCUAAAUCAUACGGUGCUACAUUGGACAGCUUGAAUUUCAAAUAUCGAGAUGGAUCUGCCCAUUCAUUAGUCAAAGGAGUUCAUCGUCGAAAUCCAAGAAAAGAUAUCCGACUGCAAACAUUGCGUAUUUUAGUCAAUGGUGAAUUGAAGACCUUCAAGUUUUACAAGACAAAACUAUGGGGAGUGGAGAAGAACAAAACAGCCAGGGAUUUGACCUGGAAAUAUGAUGCCAAAGUGGGAUGGAAAAGUGGUGAUGAUCACUUGAUUGAAGGUGUGAUUAGGAGACCUUGUGGAAUAAACGGUGAGCAAGCUUUGAGGUAUGGUGACGAAACAGUAUCUCAUGUUGAAGCAUCUGCUGGAGCUGAACAUUGCAUGAGUGGUGAUGAUGACGAAGAAGAUGAUAAUGAAGCUAGAAAGAAUAAAGCGAUUUUAGCAUCGUUGUUGAAUAAUUACGACUUUGAUAAACCGGUUGUGAUUGAUGAGGAGAGGGAAGUUGAUAUGGAUGACGUCGAAGUGGAUUCAAAGGGGCGUAAAACAGUCAAGCAUUAUGAUUACGAAGUUGAGGGAAAGGCUGGAGAUGACAACGAUGAUGAGGAAGAUGGAAAUGGAGUGGAUGUGAAUGUUGAAGAGACGCUAGCUUCACAUCGAGCUGAAUUGAUGAAACCAGUGAAAGAGGUGUAUUAUAAUGAAGAUGAUGAAGGGAACGACUUGAAUUUUGACACGUUGCAGCCGGCUUCUAAGAUUGACGCAGAAGAUGAAGGAGUUGAUGCCAUUCUGAAUAAUGAAAGGAGGAGUCAUGGUCAUCCAGAUAACAAUGAUGAAGGAGAAGACGAAGGUGAGGACAAAGAGUUUGUCCCUUCCUUCGGAGCCCCUGCCUCAAAUACCACCGAAGCACUUCGAUCUUUAUUCAACCCAACUACUGCAAACAACCAAACCCAACCACAACAAGAAUCAACUUUUAAACUAGCAUUGUCGGAUGACGAUAUUGACGUUGAUGAAUCCAAAUCUACACAUGAUGUACAGAUACAGAAACAAGAAGAAGAGAAACUUUUGACUCAAAUUCAACAACGUAAGCAAGAGGAGUUUGCUCAAAGCUUGCAACAACAAAGACAGAACCAAUAUGGACUAUUUUGGCCUCAUUUUGAUUCACCUUUCUUAUCAACUCAAUCGCAAUUGGCCAAAAUUGGUAACUUAGGAGAGUCCGGGUUCAACCUACCUCUGAUGAAUAAUGGCGGCGUUGCUUCUGGCGAUAAUGCAAAGGAAGGGGAGACGGAGUAUGAGAAAUGGUUUUGGUCGGUACGUGGUGAAUUUAGUCGUGAGUGCAAGAGACGUAAGCGUGAUUUGUUAAGGAUAAUGCGUAAGAAGAGAAACUAG